AGAAUUUGCGUGCGGCUAGGACCGAGUCUGAGCCGAAUCGCGGGCUUGGCGCUCUGCCUCAAUGAUCUAGGAUGAAACUCAUUGACAGAAUAAUGCUACACCUAGUUCCACGACUUGCUUCUCAGUUACAUUCUGAUGAGGUGUUUCCAUUCUUCAGAUGUCAGAUGGUCGAUUGGCAAGGUCUUGAUUCCUACUUCUGCGCUUCUCAUCCUGAAAAUUGCCCGUCAGCCCCUCAUUUUCAAUGAGCUCGCAUCAUGGCUGGCAUGGCACGACAUGCAUCUCGGGUGAAAUUGAAAAUUCGGACGCAUUUUCGUGUCUCAAUGCUUCAUAGGCUGCGAAGGCGACGAAAACUACUCCUCCCUCAUCCGUAGCCACGCAUGAGGUACAUUCGUCACGUCACUUGGUACGUAGGCUUCGGAGAGUCAAGAAAUGUGCUCAAAGUCUAUAUAAGCCACACUCCUUCAACCAAGUGGUAACCAGAAACGCAGAACAUCAAGUUCACGGUCAUCUUCACUGAACAAUCGGUUCAAUAUCAUCCUUUUACUCCUACUUUCCUUCUUCAAACACAAUAUCAACGUAUUUCCAACAUGGCAAAUGCUUCAGUGAUCGCCAAUCACACCGCAAUCGCCUCUAUUGGCGAUGGUAACGGUGUUCUAAGGGUGUACUCCAUUGACAUAUAUGGCGGUAUCCGUGAAACUGGGUAUAAUGGCUCAGGGUUUACUUGGUGGGGAGGUGACAAGGCUAUCGCGACUGCGAAGAUUGGAUCACCUCUUGCUGUGGCCUCAUCUCCAGGGCUGAAGAAUAUUCGUCUCUACUACAUCAGCAAAGAUUUCAAGCUGUCUGAACUCUGCUAUGAUGCAGACUCGAGCAGCAAGGGGUGGUUUGCAGGAGAGCUCAGCAGCAAGGGCUACCAGGUCGCUCCUUACUCGCAGAUCGCUGCCACGUAUCUGGCCAGUACCCAGCUAAGGAUCCGAGUUUAUGUUCAGGCUCCCGACAACACUGUCCAGGAGUAUAGCAAUGAUGGCUCGUGGUACAAAGAUCAGAGCCUUGGGGCAGCGGUUGCAGGAAGCAGCAUUUCAGUCAUUGCCUACAAGGGACUUGCAACCAGUAUCCGUCUCUAUUAUCAGGCUCCGAACCUUGACCUGAUUGAAAAAGCCCACGAUGAGGGCAGUACCUGGAAGACUGGCGAGUUCUCCGUCAAGUCAGCCAGCCCUCGUGCUGCCAUCUCCGCAACCGUGUGGACCGUUCCCGGCAGUACUGGGACGAGCAUUCGUAUCUAUUACACAGGGCCCAAUAACACAAUCCUCGAGAAAGCAAACGAUGGUUCCUGGUAUGACGGAAUGUUCAAGCAAGCCUCGAUUCCUGGCUCGCAGAUUGGAUGUCUAUCUUGGUACGCCAACAGCACCAGGGCGCCUGAGAUUCGCGUCUAUUUCCAAGCUGGAACGCAGGUGACUGCAAUCACCGAGUGGAAAUGGCAGGGAGGACUUCGUGCAUGGAACAUCGGUCAUCCAGCUCUGCCACCUGCUACCCAGUAAGUCGUGGAUGGAUAUACUGGGCCGCUGAGCCGACAUCAAAUGAUUGGAAUCGAGUGGAGGACUUUGCGGGAAAGCCGAGUUAUUGUUUUCAUUGUUUCUAUCACACUCCUUUGCCUCUCAAUAGCAACGAAUGAAAAGCCAUGGCGAUGGCGAAACUCUUUUUUCUCGUGCUGUGCAUUCUUACACACCUCACGCUCUUCACAAUUAUCCACUUCGUGGCUCGGUCGCCUCCGAAUGUCACACAAAGUGGCGCCUCCCCAAGAGCUGAGUAACGCUCAUGAAACUGAUCCCUCGUCCGAUACCACCGUAGCAUUACACAACGUCCAAAUAGCGUCCUGCAUGUCAGACAACUGUUUACAUCCCCGCCUUCAGCUGCGGACAAACUCCCUGAAAGAGUGAAAACACCACCACCUGGCGGAGUCCUCAUCGAUUUCAUUGUCUUGGCAAACAUGUUGGUGACUGGACUUGGG